AAUAUACCCGAACUUUCUUUAGAAAGUGCGGGUAUAAUAAACAACUCCUCUUUUUACUUUGAUAAGCACUUUCUCUUUAUUAUUGGAUGUGGAUUAUAAAAAUUUUUUUCUAAAUCUAAAAGGCAUUAUUUUCUCAUUAUUGUCUCUAUGAUAAAAUGCUGACGUAUUUAUAUGUACACCAAUUUCUUUCAUCUCUUCUACAAUAGAAAAAAAGACACAACCACAUUGAAUGUUUGGAGAACCAGUUACAUGAGUGCACUAGCAAGGUGACAAAAAAAGAAGGCAAAAUUCAGGACUUCCAACAAAAUCAGGCAGAGAUGGAGGAGAUGAAUGCCAAGUUGAAGGAGACACUGGCUAAAACUCAGCAGGACCUGGACACUUCUAAACAAAUGGUGAUAAAAAAAGAAGGCGAAAUUCUGUACUUCCAACGAAAUAAGGCAGAGAUGGAGGAGUUGAACACCGAGUUGAAGCAGGAUCUGGACGCUUCUAAACUGAUGGUGAGAGAAAAAGAAGACAAAAUUCAGUACUUCCAACGAAAUCAGGCAGAGAUGGAGGAGAUGAAUGCCAAGUUGAAGGAGACACUGGCUAAAACUCAGGAGGACCUGGACGCUUCUAAUCUGAUGGUGACAAAAAAAGAAGGCAAAAUUCAGUACUUCCAACAAAUUGCUAUGAAGUCCACAAACCAAAGAAUUACAAAUCAGGCACAGAUGAAGGAGAUGAAUGAGUUAAAGGAGACACUGGCUAAAACUCAGCAGGACCUGGACACUGCUAAACAAAUGGUGACAAAAAAAGAAGGCGAAAUUCAAUACUUACAACGAAUUGCUAUGUCCACGAACCAAAGAAUUACAAAUCAGGCACAGAUGAAGGAGAUGAAUGAGUUAAAGGAGACACUGGCUAAAACUCAGCAGGACCUGGACACUGCUAAACAAAUGAUGAAUAGAAAAGAUGAACAGUACGAAGAACUAAAAAAAGAAACAGAAGGGCUAAGAAAGCAGCAAAGCAAAGAUGCAAGCAGGAUUGCAGAAAGGGAUGUCGAGAUCCAAAAAUUAAACAGUGAGAUAAAGAUGCUGAAAAUCAAAUACCGAGAAAAAGCCAUAGAUGCCCAGAUACAAGAGGAUGUAAACAGAAAAAUACACGAUGAAUUACACAAUUUGCGCUUGCAUGGACGUUUAUAUUCUAGUUAUUAAAUCUAGAAUUAUGCUGUACAAUAAUCAUUAUACAGCUUCUAGUCCAUUUUUAUAUCUAGAAUUAUGCUGUACAAUAAUGAUACAGUUUCUAGUCAAUAUUUAAAUCUUCAAUUACGCUGUCCAAUAAUUAUUAUACAGUUUCUAGUCAAUAUUUAAAACUAGAAUAAUGCUGUACAAUGAUUUUUAUACUCCUUCUAGUCAAUUUAUUAGAGUAUGACUGUACAAUGUGAUAAUGUGAUAGAGGUCAUUUAUUUAUUCCUUUUAUAGCUUACCUAAGCUGACAGCUUAAGUGAGCUUUUCUGAUUACCAGGUGUCCAGCGUCCAUCCAUCCAGCUGUUAACUUUUCAACUUCUCAAGAAUCACUCAGCCAAUAUUAACCAAACUAGGUCCAAAGCAUCCCUGUGGAAAGGAGAUAAUAAAUUGUUAAAAUAAAGGACCAAGCCCUCUUCCAAGGGAGAUAAUCAAGAAGUUGCAAAAGUAGGGUGGUGUCAUUUAAAAUCUUCUCAAGAACAAUUGGGAAAGAGAAGAUGAAACUUCGAAGGAAGCAUCCUGGGCUAGUGUAGAUUCGUAACUGUUUAAAUCAUGAGCCCUGGGGAUAUGCCAGGGCCACAAUAGGGAAUCCAAGUUUUACACUGAAAUAGAAAGGAAACAUCUUUAAAAAUCUGCUCCCAAAGAACUACUGGGUCAGAAAAUUUGAAGCAUCCUGGAGUAAUAUAGCUAGAUUCUAAAUUGUUGAAAUCGUGGCCCUUGGGGUAGGUUGGGGUCACAGAGGGGAAAAUCUGAAGAACUGCAGCCCGGCCAAAGUUACUCGGGUGAGCGUUGUGGCCCAUGAGCCUUGUUUUUUAUUUAAUGAUGAGAUGUAUGUUGCUUGUUUUUCUGUUAUUGUACUUUUUUUUUUACUUUGAAAGUCAAAGGAUGUCACCAUAUUCCUUUGUAAUUUUUAUGUUUAAAUUGUCAAUUUAGCUUAAUGUCUUAACAUUUGCAGAAACAAGAAACACCUGUAUGUAACCAUUAUAAUUAAGCAGUGAAUCACAAAUUCAUUCUGCAUGAAAUAUUUGUACACUUCUGUUAUUUCAAUAAAUUUUUCUUUGUUAA